CAAGUUGAUUCCUUCAAAAGGGAAAUUGUGUCCUCCACGGGUAAUGCCAACAAACGCGAUCCUAGACGGUACGAGGCAAUAACCGAAAUUUGGGAUGGAGACAACCUCAUUGAAAGUCACCAGUUGCCAGAAGACUGUUUUGAUCAGGACUACCUGGAGUGGCCAUUCGCUGGACCAGUAGUCCUAAGUAAGGGAACACACGCCAUCCCUUUUGCUGUUCGUAUUCCCCCGGAGGUCAAUCCCACCGUAACUUACAAGCGGAAAGGGGAACAUCGCCAAAAAGCUGAAGUCAAUCACCACACUUGCGUGUCGGUGCAGGUUGAUGCUCAACCGGCAAGCGGUGGCGCGCUUUUGACUCUGCUUAGUGACAAGCUGCCACUGGAGGUGGUCAGUUGUGGUGGUUUGCCUCCGGUCGUCAACGGGUCGUAUGCGCCAGGAUGCGUUCAACUGGUCAAGCUGGACUACAAGGACGCCAAUGCAAUUAUCAUUGUGGAAAAAAAGCACUUAUUACCAAAGGACACAAUACGUAUUACAAUCUAUACGGACAAUAAGAAUGCGGUGCAUGGCGCUUAUGCAGAGCUAAUAAGUUCUACCAACCUACCGGAGAUCGGCCUCUCUGACAGUAGCGAUGUGAUAAUGGAAAAAAAGUCGCCGAGUAUUGAACUCCUCGACCGGUGCUCCAAGCAACGAAUGAAACACAAGUUUAACAGAGCCUUCGUCUCGAGGGUGGGCGACACAUUCCCCCCUUCGGCUACGAAUAACACACCCAAUGGUCGCUUGCGUCCUAGCAUGGAUGACAAGCGUCUCAUGGCCGAGGCCAACCGUAAAGCGGCAUGCACGCUUGAGCUGAAGGUUCCUGAUACCGCUGAGCCCUCCAUUGAAGCCGGAGAGAAUCGCAUUCGAUAUCACGUGCGAGUAAGUACUGUCGCGUUUCACCUGCCCUGA